AUGCUACUAAAAAACGUCACUGCUCGCACCGGGUACAAAUUAUGUGCUCCUGCGAGCCUUCACUUAUGUUCGGCGGGGAUUCACGCCAUUGCUUCUCCUGUCGAAAGUUAUACAGCCUUGGUGGUCGAGAGUGCAGACGGUAUAUCUUUUACAGAUCAUACGUCGUCAAAACAUGCUUCUUCAACCCAUAUUGCUGAACCAUCCUUUCCUUUAUCGACUGUUUCUGAUCUGAUCAGUUUUUGUGAUGAGAGCGUGCCAAAGAGGAAAACCUUGCCGACCAGCAUCGAUACCUGCCACGACCUUAUCCAAAGUGAUCAUUCAUCUCCAACUACUGUUUCGACAACGCCUCUGAAAGACAUCUUUGCAACAUCCGCUCUAUUUUGGGCUGGCAAGAAGUUGUCGUUGAGGAAGUUGCUCGUGAAUGGCUCACACGAAAGGGAGAUCAAGGAGGUGAAGAGCAACAGUAAUGCACGCGUCCUGAGAAAGAUCACCACUUCCUUGACAUAUCAGACGUCGUCUAUUUCUAUUGAUUUACGGGCGGAGCGCGAGAUGAAGAUUGCUAGGGAAGGCUCGACUGGAACGUAUUUGCAGAACAGGAAGAGGAAGCAGCCAGUAUGCUGGUCUGCUAAGAAUGUGAAACGUCUGUUGUAUGAUACCGAUGCUGAAUUGGGAGAAUUUGUCCUUUGUGAUGCUGCGGAGCUCCGAUGAUGUUGAAGAUAGAAAAGGCCGUAUCAUGCGGUUUGGGGAUACAACGGAGACAUGACACGAAAAUGAUGAGGACGGAACCAGGAAACGAAAGUAUCGACGUAACGCUUUCAAUUAUAUCGUACACCAUCC